UUCGUCGACAAACGGGCAGAAAACGGCGACAAUUAAACACGACGAGCCGGCGCUAGUUCUCCCCGAGUCCCGGCCCGACCCAGCCCGCUGCAUGGGUCCAUGGACUGCCUGUUGAUCCACGGUGGUGCUGCCGUAGCUUCCCCCGCUGGUUCUAAGAUGGAGGACGCCUGCAGAGAGUACCAGUCCUCCCUGGAAGACCUGACGUUCAACAGCAAGCCACACAUCAACAUGCUCACCAUCCUGGCAGAGGAGAACCUUGACUUCGCCAAGGAUAUCGUCGCUAUUAUUGAAGCACAAAUCAGCAAGGCUCCGACUGCAGAGAAGCUGCCAGUUUUGUACUUAGUGGAUUCCAUAGUGAAGAAUGUGGGAGGAGAAUACCUCGCAGUGUUUGCUAAAAACCUAAUCACUUCAUUUUUAUGUGUCUUUGAAAAGGUGGACGAGAACACCAAGAAGUCUCUGUUCAAGCUGCGCUCCACGUGGGACGAGGUCUUCCCGCUCAAGAAGCUCUACGCGCUCGAUGUCCGCGUCAACUCGGUGGACUCGGCGUGGCCCAUCAAGCCGCUGCCGCCCACCGUCAACGCCAGCAUCCACGUCAACCCCAAGUUCCUCAAGCAGUCUGAGUCAGAGACUCCGUCCUCUCGGCCCGUCACCACUCCUCCGGCGGCCCCCGCUCCCUCUCCGACCCCCCCGCCGCCACCUGCAGCGCCGCCGUCGGCCGCUCCCGCCCCCGUUGCCCCUGGCGCCGCCGUCAGUCAGUCCAGUCUGACGCAGGAACAGCUGAUCCGCCAGCAGCUGCUCGCCAAGCAGAAACAACUUCUGGAGCUGCAGCAGAAGAAGAUCGAGCUGGAGCUGGAGCAGACCAAAGCUCAGCUGGCAGGGGGCUUCGUUCUGCCCACCUCAGUCUCCACCACACCUUCAUCUUCAUCAUCUUCAUCGGCUGCAGCGCUGAAGCUCAGCAGUCAGACCGCUCCGGUGGUUCGACCCUGGAUCCCCCCCCAGACCGACCCCAAGCCGUCCACCAGAGACCCCCGUCUGAACCGCUCCGGUCCCCCAACCGCCCCCCACCCCAAAGAGCAGUCUGCUGGGAAGAAAGACGGCCCCCCCUCCACAGGAAGUCCCGCUCUGACGCCGGAGAAACGGCCGGCGGAGAAACCGGUCCGACCCGACAAAACUAGGCAGCCGAGGAAGGAGAUCCAGGAGGAGAAGAAGUCCAAGUCCCCGUCCCCCCUCGCCAAAAACCUGCAGGUCAAGAACAAACACGGCGAAGCCGAAGCCCCGAAAUCUGCCGACGGCACCAAGAAAGACCCUCGUCUGAGGAAGCGUCCGCAGGAGAAGAGCGGCGAGGCGAAGGAGGACGAGCAGAAGGAGAAGAAGAGAUGCAACGAUAAGAAAGAGAGAGAGGACGCGCUGCGGGCGAGCGAGCCGCCGCGCUCCAACAAACCCAAGCUGCUGAACGGCUCCAUGCCCAAACACGACAGAGACGAGGCCACCGACAAGCCGGAGUUCAAGGCCGGCGGUAACGCACGUACGCACGCACGGAAACGCACGCGCUCCCGUUCCCGCUCCCGCUCGCCCGCCUCCUCCCCGAAGAGGAAGGACCGCAGAUCCCCUAAAAGCAGAGCGAGGAGCAGCUCUCUGUCUCCGUCGCCGUCGCACAAACCCGGGAAACCUCGCAGGAUCCGAGCCGACGAGCCGCCGCAUGGGAAGCCGGGCCGGGAGGACCGGCUCGCCCCCAAGAAGAACCAAUCGGAGAGCAGGAGGUCGAAGAGGCCGGCGGAGGAGCGACACUCCGAAUCCAGAGACUCUCACUCGCCUCGCGGACACGACGGAGCCGGGAAGGACAAAGACGCUCCGCACCGCUGGAGGAGCGGCUGGGAGGAGAACAAACAUCUGAAGCUUUCGGAGGACCCUCAUGUGAAACCUGCACCUCAGAGACACAAACCCUACAGCACGCCGACCCGGCCCCCGACCCCCCGCACCCCCAAACACCGGCUCAGCGUGGACGCCAACCUGCAGAUCCCCGAAGUCCUCAACUCAGCGUCUAAGAAGGAUCUGCUGAGGAGGGCGAGUAAGCGUCUGGAGAGCGGCGAGAUCUCUCAGGAGGACUUCCUGAACAUGGCGCAUCAGAUCAAACACUUCUUCCAGUAUCAGGAGGAGAAGCAGCAGCAGGACCACGACGACUUCCCCUCAAAGAAGCCGCUGCCGCUGCUGGCCGCGGCCCGCGACGGCGUCGGCGAGGCGGCGUACUACGAGCACAAGUCCAAGCUGAGGAAGACGCAGGUCACCCACCGGGCGGCCGGGGAGGAGUGGGAGGGCGAGGAGAGUCCGGAGGAGGCCGAGGACGCGGCGCAGGACGAGAAGGGCGGACCUGCACACCUGGCGACGCACAAAUACAACCGGCCACCACGGGAGAGACCAGGUGAGCGGCGGAGUAAAGAGCACGAGGAGCCGCGGCCGCCGCUCGGCCCGAUGAUCGAGGAGUACAACCACGGGAAGGAAUUCCCCACGCUGAAGUCUCUGCCGGGCCUUCGCUUCCGCAGGAGAGCCGACCCGCGAGAGCCCAGUGAGCGGGAGUGGACGUCGCCGCUGACCGAGCGCCAGCGCGACGAGCAGAAGAGCGGCUACGACGCGCCGCGGAGGUACGCAGAGUCCAGACACCCAAACCCCCGCAGACCUGAGGGCCCGCCCUCCUCCGGCACCGUGGUGCACAGGAAGUGUCCGAGCCCGGGGGGGCUGGACGCGCCCGUUCCGAGGUUCGAACGCGAGCGCUUGUCUCCGCUGCACCAGAAGGACGCAGCGGACGCGAGUCCCGUCCCGCGUUUCGAGAGUCCGAACAGCGAGCACUCGGACGACGGGCCCCUGAGCCUGGACGCCGCCCCCCUUCCUCAUCCCGCUGCUCCCCCCAAAUCCAUCCUGAAGGCUCCGGCCCGCGGGGGCCCGCUGCCGAGCGUCCGGCAGCACGGCGACUCCCCCGGACACACGCCCCCCCACGACGGGGGCCACCCCCCCUCCCGCUACGACGGGCCCGCUCACAUGGGCCCCGCUAGACCGCACCCGCCGGGCCGGUACGAGGGCGGCCCCGGGCGCUACGAUGACCCGUCCAGGUUCGAGGGGCCUGGCAGGUUCGACGGGGGGGCGCCUCAUCACAACAUGGACAGGUUUGACAGUCACAUGACACACGGUCCAAUGAGGGGCGGGGACGGUUUGGGCCGGUUCGACGGCCCUCCUCACCCUCAGGCACCGGUGAGGUUCCAGGGGCCCGGCCCGGGGCACUUUGAGGGCCCGAUGCAGCGCUUCGAUGCCCCGCCACACUUUGACAACGUGGCUCCUGGAUCUGGACCAAUGGGCUUCCAGCAGCAGCGGCCGCUACGCUUUGAAAACCCCCAGAACCAGAUGGGCCCUAUGAGGUUCGACGGCCCCGGGCCGAUGCGCUUCGACGGCCCCAGGUUCGACAUGCCCCAUCAGGGCGGGCCCCCGCGCUACGACUGCCCCACCGGCCAACAGGGACCCCCCCGGUUUGGCCCCCAGCACAACCUGCAGCCCCCCAUGAGGCCGAUGGCCCCGUCCCUCUACGACAACCCCAUCCCCCCCCAACAGAACUACAACAUGGCCCCCCAGCGUUUCCCGGAGCCCAUGAACCCUCAGUUCCCCGCUGGGCCGAUGGCGUUCCCGGUGCAGCAGAACCUGCAGCCGGCAGGAAACUUCAACCUGCAGCCGGCUCCCUUCAACCAGCCUGCUGCCCCCUUCUACAACCCCGCUGCCCCCGCCGUCACCAUGCAGCAGCCGGUGAACAUGAUGAACAUGAACACGCCCUUCCUGCCUCAGAGCUCGGUGCCUUUCAGACAGCAGACGCCUCAGGUCGCCCCCACAGAGAAUCACUUCGGUCAGGUGGACGUUAACGAUCUUCUGUCCAAACUCAUCUCCAACGGCAUCAUCAAACCCUCGCAGCCCGACGCCACGGCAACCGCCAGCAAUGAAGUUGUGGUGGCGCCGGUUGCUGCGCCUCCUGCUGCGGUGGUGGAGGAGGAGGAAGAGGAGGAGCAGGAAGCGGAGGAGGACGAAGACCUGCCGGACCUCACCAGCUUCACCAUCGACGACAUGAAACAGCGUUACGAGAGCGUGGUGACGAAGCUGUACUCGGGGAACCAGUGCUGUCUGUGCAGCAUGAGGUUCACCGCGGCUCAGACCGACAUGUACGCCGACCACCUGGACUGGCACUUCAGACAGAACCACGCCGGCAAGGUGGCCAGCAAGAAGAUCACACACCGCCGCUGGUACUACAGUCUGACGGACUGGAUCGAGUUUGAGGAGAUCGCCGACCUGGAGGAGCGAGCGAAGAGUCUGUUCUUUGAGAAGGAGAACGAGGAGGAGGUGCAGAAGAGUCAGGCGGCGGCCAAGGAGAAAGAGCUUCCCAUGGUUAAAGCAACCAAAGAUCAAGUCGGAGAGUCGUGUGAAAUCUGUCAGGAGGCGUUUGAGACGUACUGGGUGGAGGAAGAGGAGGACUGGUUCCUGAAGGACGCCGUGCGGGUCGAUGACAAGAACUUCCAUCCUUCCUGUUUCGAAGAUUAUAAAAAUACGUCUUCGUAUCUUGACGUCACGCCGUCGCCCAACAAGCUGCUGGCCGACCAUCCGCUGAGCGCCUUCAUCAAAACCGAAGAGGAAGAAGAGGAGGAGACUUCCUGUGAUGUCGCCGCCGCCGCCUCAGUGAAACAGGAAGUGGAUCUCGAGGGCAGCGAUCUUCCCGAAGUGAAGAAAGAGGAGAGCGAUGUUUUAACGGAGCCGACGGACGGAGCCGCGGCGCCGUGAACUCGCUGCUUCACUUUUCUGUUUUUUUUAAAGGAAAAGUUUUUUUGUUGUUUUUGGCGUGCGGGGGCGGGGCCUCGGCAGGAAACUCGGGGGCGGGGCCUCGACAGGAAACACUUGAAUACAUUUUUGUAUUUGGACGUUUGAACGACCGUUUUCAGGGUCUCGGCUUUUUUCUGAACUGAUGAAAAAAUAAAAAUUACAAAUGUUUUUUUUUUUGUUUUUGAGUUUAAAAAACC